AUGAAGGCUCUACACGAUCAGCGUGGAAGCAGACAACAAGGUGCACGGGGCCGACAAGUGCGGCGCCACAGCGGCGCAGCAGGACGCCUUUUGGUAGCGGCAUGCUGCGCAGCUGUCGUUGCCGUGGCUGUCAACAGCCCUAGCCGCGCAGACAGACGGCGAGCGAGGGAAGCUGCCGAAGAGCUUGAGCUCGAAACGGAAGGAAGCAGUGAGCUGGAUGAGGAGCAGGAAUACCCUUUGGUAGCUGCAGGUGGCUCAGCAAGUAGCCCGUCCACACAGGCCUUCUUGUCUUUGGAUGAAAAGGAUGGCCGAUUUUGUGGCAAAGAGGGAGACCUUUGCAAGUGCUUUGGCAAAGUGCGCUACGGACGCCUUUUUUCCUGGUCCGGCGACCUCGUGGUCGACGGCAGCGUGAACUGCUCAGCUGCCCUGUUCGGUGAUCCCAUGCCGAUGGACCUCAAGAUUUGCAAGUGCUACCCGACCAUGUGUACCACACAAGUGGGCAUUUGCACACCAGAGCCUUGCAUGUGCCCCACGUCCCGUGAUCCGGACAUGGAAUGGGCCAAGAAGACGCUUAUGACAGGCGAUGGCACGAAGUGCUGGGCCUGUGAGAAGAAGCGUGCCAGCACUGGUGUGGCAGAGUCUGGCAACUCCACCUACUGCCCUACGCAGAUGGGUCGUUGCUCUCUGAAGCGGUCCUGCAAGUGCGAAGACCCGGCCGACACCAAGCGCGUCAUGCGGACGAAGAACGGAGAGAAGUGCUGGACCUGCGCUCCGGUCGGGGAAGGCAGGGCCAUGGGCAUGGACAGCGGUCAGAGAGCCAUGUUCUGGAUGCUGCCGCUGCUUUGGUCCUUUAUGGAUUGGCCAAACUCUUUCUGGCAGGUGUGCAACGGCGACAGGGCAUUGACCAUCUUUUCGGCUCUUUGCAUCGUCGGGUACCUUCUGCAGGUCUUCGCACCCUUCCUUCGCCUGGACCGGUUCUUCUCCUUCUAUGCGCCGUGUAUGAAGAAGGGUGAGUUCUGGCGCUUCUUCACCUACUUCAUGCUGCAUUCAGAUCUGCAGCAUCUGUGCGUGAACCUGUUCCACCUGAUGGAUGCCCUGGAUCUUGAAGGGGUGCCAGAUCUUGAAGUCAGUCCAGGAGUACCGCUCAAGUGCACCCGUGAUGGCCCCGUGGCCACGAUCUGUUAUCCCGAUGUCGGGAUCGGCUGGAACAAUGUGGUGGGUAUCAUGGCCACGGUGCUUGCGUUUGGUGCGUUGGUGGGCACGAUGAAGAACUUCGGCGCCCUGGUCCAGGGCGCGAGUUCAGUUUGCUUCGGCGUGGACGGAGCGCUCAUCGCGCUGUAUGGCGUCUUCCUCGGUGCUGGGUUAGAUCAGAAGUUGAAGAUUCCGGAGUUCGGUGCUUUCUUUUGGAUGCGCAUCGGAAUCAUCGCAUUUCACAUCAUUAUUGACAUUGUCCAGAGCGUUUGUGGUUCUGGCAAGGAUACAGUGGGCACUGUUGCACACAUGGCCUCCCUUGUCGCAGGCUUUUGCUACGUCAUCCUGGUUCUUCCGCCGAUGGGUGAUGGGAGCUUCUUUGGAAGCGACAGGCCCUACAUUGUCAACUGCGGUAUGACAAGCCCGAAGUAUGUGACAUUAGAUGAAGCAACUACGCAAUGUCUGGCCUUCUUCAGAAGGAGCAAUGGCAUUGAGAUUAACACCGCGCAGAACAUAGCAAGUGCUGUGCUAAUCAUCGGUGUCGUAGUCGCGAUCGUGAACGCAAUCCAAAAGCGGGACAUCACAGACGAUGGAAUCGCCGUCUUUUCAUGUGGAGACUCGCAGCAGCCAGAGAAACGAGCUGUCCGAGAUGACAAGACAACAGAGCUGGACCAGGAGAUCACAGGCAGGGAGAAAGUCUUGGGCGAGGUCAAAGACACAGCCCGGAACCAUGAGCUCCAAACCCUGUCGGCUCAGUCGGCUCACAGCAUCCACUGUGUGACAAUGGCCUCUGCACAGGGCUGCCUGCUCCUGUCCUUGGCACGGCCCGAAUUGCCGCGACCAAGUCUCAAGGGGGAGGUGAAGCCAUAUGGGUCAGAUGCCCGUUCUGCAGCCGAAGAUGAAGAGAAGGGUGUCCUCACGUUGUUGCAGGAGUACGUACAGACAUCCCCAAGCUUCCGUAUUCCUCAGGGCAUGCCUGCUCUCCAGUGGGGCUACGAUGUCAAACUCACGAAAACAAGGAAGUCUCGCUUCCGGGCUCGCGUUGCCUUCUUGCUUGAUGGCAUACCGCAUCAUGCCAUCGGCGCGUGGGAUAGCUCCAAGAAGAAUGCCCAGCGGCAGUUGGCGGACGUUUGCUUGAAGUUCUUCAUCGGCGCGUGGAGUUCGCAUUUGCGUCAGCAAGUUCUCGAAGCCGGACACGGAAGCAGAGCCUUCCAGGUUAGAUCUGAUGCCGUAUUGAGCCAGUUCCUUCAGAGCUACGAGCCUUGCGAAACGACACCAGCUUGGAGCGUGGAAGUCGUGAGAAACCAUGCCGAGCCAGGCGCAUCUUCCGGGCCUACCGCAGGAUAUAGAGCCCUUGUGCAUCUGCAGCUUCUGGGUGUCCCGCACACCUUCGCGGGACAGCUUUGUGGCACGGCCGAAGAUGCGCAGACCGACACUGCCAAGCGGGUGCUGUGGUACUUGCAGUGCCCAGGGUUUGAGGAUGCAUUCCAACUGGAUCCCAGAGUAUUCGAGUGCCAGGACCGGCUUGUGGCACCUUCGCCACAGUGGAGUCAGUGGCCAUCUCCGAGCUCGUCUGCAGAGCAGAUCCCGUGA